GAAGUGCAAACAGUCUUAAAGAGUCAUCAGUUCAGAGACUGUGACAGUCGAGAUCGAGAACAAGAAAGAAGUGAGACAGAGAAGCACGAUGGAUGAAUUCAGAUGGAUUCAAAUGUUUUUAUGUCUGAUGCUGAUGAUUCAGAUUGUAGUAUCUGUAAAUGAAGCCUCCAUGUUUAUGAAAGUUGGAGGUGACGUCACUCUGCCUUGUCUGAAUGUGAUAGAUGAGCAGAAUAACUGUGAUGGUACUGCGUGGAUCUUUGCUUCAAAAAACAAACCAACAACAACAGAGCUGAUCAGACUUGGACAGAUUGUUGAAGAAGCCAAAACUAAAUCAGACAGACUGAGUGUUACAGCGAACUGUUCUCUGCUUAUAAAGAAGCUCACAGUUGAGGAUGUUGGUCUUUAUUCCUGUCAACAAUACAAAGUCGAGGAAACACCAUCUAAACACACUCUGGUUCAUCAGUCUUUGGUUGAUGUCUCUGUUAUUACCUUGACUGAACAUAAGGACAAUGAUAAGGUGACGUUAAGCUGCUCUGUGGUGAAAUAUGGAGAGUGUCAUCACACAGUGAAGUGGCUGCUUAAAGGUCAAGAUGUCGACAAAGAGAACAAACAAAUAGUGACUUCACAGACUGACUGCUCCACCACUCUGUCUAUUCUGAAGUAUGCGUAUUUAUACUCAUCACGUCAGAAAAUACUGAAGUGUGAAGUGACUGAUACUAAAACAGGAAAAGUGCAGCUGUUUACCUUCAGCCAUCAGACCUCAGGUGAGGAAACAGAUGAUACAACAGCAAAAGCUGUGGAAAAUGAAAGCACGACACCAAACAACAAAUCAUCUGAAGAUUCACAACAUGAUUUUGUAUCUUUGAGGUUCAUAAUUGUCUCUGUGGGAUUGGCAGCACUUUCAAUAACAGCUGUGACAGUCAACAUGUGGACAAAAACUAAAGGGAAGAAAACACAGAUGGAUAAAAACACAGUACAUUAUGAUAGAGAUGAAGAUGUUUCAAUCAACUAUGAAAAUGUGGGAGACUCUGCUGUUUCUAUCAGACUGCACUGAUCAACAACUUGCUGAUAAAAUCACUGCUGUUGUAUUAUCAGUAUCAUCUCAUCUGGUUUUACACGUUAAAUAUCUUAGAUAUGAUAUGUCUGUUUUAACGUGUGUGUGUGUGUGUGUGUGUGUGUGUGUGUGUGUGUGUGUGUGUGUGUGGGUGGGUUUUUUUGUUUUUGUCUAAUGAAAGAUGUUUUUUAAUGUCCUAAUUAUCUUGUGUUUUGUCCAGGUUACAUUUUAUAACAUAUAACAUGAAUAGAAUCUGUAUAAAUAUUCUGUUUAUUA